AUGGUGGCGAGAUGGCAAAUCCUUGGACGGCCCCUCGAAGCCCUUCCAGAGAAAGCCACAACAAUUGUGAAGGCCUGUGUGGUGCUACACAACUACCUCACCUACACUGAUGAGGGCAACACUGAACCCUGCCGCUACAUAACGCCCUCAUUUGUUGAUGUGGACACAGUGGGACAGCUACAAGAGGGUGAGUGGCGAAGAGUCACUGCAGGAAGCAACGGCCUGGAGAACCUCGCCCCCCCAUCAGCUAACCCGUGCACGGUCCACACGGGCAGCCAGGGCUGUGCGAUCAGAUCUCACCGCCUUUUUCACUUCUGA